UACAAUGGCUUGAAAGGGAAGAGAAAGUCUGGAUAUAUUUCCUUUCUUGUGGGAGUCGAGGAGUUUCAAGAGGGCUUCCACUCUUUCCUGUCUUUCAUCAUGGUGGACCUGUUCCUAGACCGAGUUCUGGUGGAGAACAACUGGGACCAGGACGAACGCAACACCGAGCGUGAGAUCAGCGGGCUCCUCGAGAACCGCAUCCUGAUGCUGUUCUUUGCUGCUGCAGAGUGCAGGAAGUGCCAGGAGUUUGUGCCUGUUCUGAACGACUUUUUUAAGAGGCUGAAAGACCCGGCGUACAUCGAAUACCCCAAGCUGCUGGCUCUGAUCUACAUCAGCUUGGACCAAUCAGAGGAGCAGCAGGAGAAAGUCCUCAAAGAGAUGCACAAACGGGUCCUGUUUCUGACCUUUGAGGACCCAUAUAGGAGGGAGCUGCAGGCCAUGUUUAAGGUGAAGGACGUACCAACAGUAGUGGUCCUGCGGCCCGACGGCUCUGUCCUCUCUCCGAACGCUGCGCAGGACAUCUGUCGCUACGGUUCUGACUGUUUCCAGAACUGGCAGGAAUCGGCCGAACUGGUUGAGCGGACCUUCAUGCUCAACGAGGAGUUUGACAACCUCGCGCCCUUUCGUAGCGCCACCGACCCCGUGAGGAGGCUCAAGUACAAGACAGAGGACGACAAGAGGAAAAAGAAAUGGUGGAACUUGUGGGGGAAGGGAAAAGAUGCAAAUGAAGAGGAACAGGAGGAGAAAGAUGAAACUUGGGACACCAAGAGAAAGGAGGGAAAUAAAGGAAUAUGGAGGAGAAGAUGA